AUGUAAGAAUGGAUUAACGCAAGGAAAUUGGACUGGAAGUAAGUUAAUAUAUAGAAAAAUGAAUGUUAAACAGCUUAAUAUGGAUCUUACAAAGAUAUAAAAAAAAUUGGUAAAUAGAAUAUAUUAUAUGAAAAGGAAAUUUAGUAUGAAAUAUAUGAAUACUUUAGUGGGGGAGAUUAAUAUGAUGAAAAAAGUAAUUUAAAGAUUAGAAAAUGGAUUGAAUUUUACGAGAAUUUUUGAAGUAAUUCUAUGAAUUCAUAUAAUAAUAGUUAAUGUCAGGUUACUAAAAUGGGAUUUUUUAUUUAAAAAUAACAUUCUGUAAAUUUUUAAAUUAUAUCUUAGGGGUUGGGAGAUUAUUAAGCUGA